AGUAGCCUUCAACGUUGCCCUAAUUAUCUCCACAAAAUUUUACUUCUAAAUCAUUUUUAUUUAAUUUUCUUAAACUAUAUACUAUUAUUAACGUGUCUAUUUCGUCAAAUAGUGGCGUGGAAUAACUAUACUCACACACUAAUAUUGAAGAAACUUUACGUCUUUUGUUUUUUCUUUUAACCCGAUUUUAAUACCGAUAUUCUCAUGAUCUUAUAUUGUAUCUAAUUAUAGAGAAAACUAAAUAUUACUGUUGAAAAGAAUCUAAUGAUUUAAUGAAGGACAUUCAUGUCGUCCUACUAGAUUUCUUGUUUCUUUGUAAUACUAGUAUAUAAAUAUCAGAAUUUGUAACACUACUAAUAUAAGAAGAGAAAACAAUUGCCUAUGCUAUCUCAUCAAAAUUCCAUCUUGCAAGUGUACGUGCAGUGUGUCCUUCAUUUUCAAGAGGAGGAACAACUAUACUCUUACUAUCAUCACCAGUCGACUAACAGGCUAAGGCUUAAUUUAGCACACGAAUCUGUAAAUAUAAAAAAAAGGCUGAAAAAUAAUGAUGGAAGAUCUCUGGAAUUCAUUUUGUGGGCAAAAUUCGUGUUCAAAUAUCAAUACUACUGAGCCUUGUGUUCCUCCCUUAGAGUUUGUUACUCAUCCUUCUUCAUGUGUAAAUCAUGCCUUUAUCAUUUGUUUUGAUAUACUGCUUCUGGCAGUGCUCUUAUUCAACAUGAUUACAAACAUAUCCUCUAAGAGAGUCGAACUACCGCCUCGUUUUAGACAUGUUUCAGCCUUACAGAAAUCAUCAGCUGUUUUUAAUAGUUGUUUGGGACUAGUUUACAUAGGUUUAGGAAGUUGGAUUUUGGAGGAGAAGUUGAGAAAUGGUCAUUCUGCAUCACCAAUUCAUUGGUGGGUUUUGUAUUUCUUUCAAGGGUUUACGUGGGUGUCGGUUGGAUUAUCAGCUAGCUUUAGAGGGGAGUGCUUCUCUAGAGUCUCAUUGAAAAUCUUGUCCAUCAUUGCUUUCAUUUCUGCUGGGACUGUUUCCCUGAUCGCGAUUUUUGCUGCCAUAGAUGACUAUGAAACAACAGUUAAGGUGGCCUUGGAUAUCCUGUCUUUCCUAGGAGCAACUUUGUUGUUGUUAUGUACUUACAAGGGGCACGGAUUUUACGAAGAUGAAGAUAAUAUAGAGAGUGACUGUGGAAGUACCCUUUAUACUCCUUUGAAUGGUGAGGCUAAUGGCAGCUGUAAAAAUGAUGCAGCAGACAAAGUCUCUUUAUUUGGUAAAGCAGGGUUGUUAAGUAGGUUGACAUUCUGGUGGUUGAAUCCCUUGAUGAAAUUAGGUAAGGAGAAGACUCUUGAGGAAGAGGACAUUCCCAAAUUACGGGAUGCAGACAGAGCGGAAGCCUGUUACUUGCAGUUCAUGGACCAGUUUAGUAAACAGAAAAUGGAUGGACCUUCCUCACAGCCCUCAUUGUUGUGGACUAUUGUCGCGUGCCAUCGUACUGAUAUACUGAUUUCUGGGUUCUUUGCCCUUCUGAAGAUACUUACCCUGUCAGCUGGACCUCUUCUGCUGAAUGCCUUCAUUGAGGUUGCAGAGGGCAAAGAGGCUUUUAAAAAUGAAGGUUAUUUGUUGGCCAUUGCACUCUUCACAGCAAAGACUUUGGAAUCACUGUCACAGAGACAGUGGUAUUUUCGAAGCAGAUUGAUUGGCCUUAGAGUGAGGUCCUUGCUUACUGCAGCAAUCUACAAGAAGCAGCUAAGGUUAUCAAAUGCUGCAAGGAUAAAGUAUUCUGGUGGUGAGAUAAUGAAUUAUGUCACUGUUGAUGCCUACCGGAUUGGCGAGUUUCCUUUCUGGUUUCAUCAGACUUGGACUACAAGCCUUCAACUUUGCAUUGCUCUAUGUAUUCUAAUACAUGCAGUGGGACUUGCUACACUUGCAGCACUAACAAUGAUUGUGAUAACCGUGUUCUGUAACGCCCCCCUUGCAAAGUUACAGCAUAAGUUUCAAAGUAAGCUUAUGGCUGAACAAGAUUCAAGGCUGAAGGCUUGUUCUGAGGCUCUUGUAAACAUGAAGGUUCUGAAAUUGUAUGCAUGGGAGAAUUACUUCAAGGAUAAGAUAGAGCGCUUAAGGGAAGUGGAAAUUAAGUGGUUAAAGGCAUUGCAGUUGUGGAAAGCAUAUAAUGGUUUUCUCUUUUGGUCAUCCCCCGUUCUAGUCUCUGCUGCCACAUUUGGAGCUUGUUAUUUCCUCAGUGUUCCUCUACAUGCCAGCAAUGUUUUUACUUUUGUCGCAACAUUGCGUCUUGUGCAAGACCCUAUCAGAGCUACCCCUGAUGUUAUUAGUGUGGUGAUUCAAGCAAGGGUUGCAUUUACACGUAUUGCACAGUUUCUUGAGGCACCAGAGCUUCAGACUGAAAAUUCCAACAAGAAAAGCAAUACAAAUAGCUUAAACCAAGGCCCACAUGCCAUUUUGAUGAGGUCUGCGAAUCUUUCUUGGGACAUGAAUCCAUCAAAACCAACACUACGAAACAUGAAUCUAGAAGUUCGACCUGGUGAAAAGGUUGCUAUAUGUGGAGAAGUUGGCUCAGGCAAAUCAACAUUACUAGCAGCAAUUCUUAAUGAAGUACCAUUGAUGGAGGGAACUGUUGAAGUUUAUGGGAGGAUCGCUUAUGUUUCCCAGACAGCUUGGAUCCAAACAGGGACAAUACGUGAUAAUAUUCUUUUUGGGUCUGCCAUGAAUGAGCUAAGGUACCAAGAAACUAUUCGGAGGUGCUCAUUGGUGAAAGACCUUGAGCUUCUUCCAUUUGGUGACUUGACAGAGAUAGGGGAAAGAGGAGUAAAUCUAAGCGGAGGCCAGAAGCAAAGAAUCCAACUUGCUCGUGCAUUAUACCAAGAUGCUGACAUAUACCUUUUAGAUGAUCCAUUCAGUGCUGUUGAUGCACAUACAGCAACUAGCCUCUUCAAUGAAUAUAUUAUGGAAGCACUUUCCGAAAAGACUGUCUUACUUGUGACACAUCAAGUUGAUUUUCUUCCGGCAUUUCAUUGCUGUUUGCUGAUGUCAGAUGGGGAGAUCCUCAAAUCAGGGCCUUAUCACCAAUUAUUAGAUUCAAGUCAGGAAUUUUUGGAUUUGGUAAAUGCACACAAAGAGACUGCAGGAGCUGAAAGGCCAUCGGAGGUUAAGACAUCUGAAACUGAAAGACAAAGCUAUACUGCAAAGGAGAUCAAGAAGAUCAAGAAAACUGAUAUUGAGAAACAACAUGUAGCACCUGAAGGGGAUCAAUUGAUUAAACGGGAAGAAAGAGAAACAGGAGACACUGGCCUUAAGCCAUACUUACUAUACCUUAAUCAGAACAAGGGCUACUUGUACCUUUCUGUUGCAACUAUUUGUCAUCUGAUCUUUGUUACAGGCCAGAUAUUACAGAACUCUUGGAUGGCCACCAGUGUUGAUGAUCCUCAAGUCAGCACUUUGAAAUUGAUUGUGGUUUACCUCAUCAUUGGAGCCUGCUCGACAUUCUUUUUACUAAUUAGAUCUCUGGCUGCUGUUGCAUUGGGCUUAAAAGCAUCAAAAUCUUUUUUUUCACAGUUGAUGAGUUCUCUCUUUCGUGCUCCAAUGUCUUUCUAUGACUCUACACCCCUUGGACGGAUACUAAGUCGGGUCUCUUCUGAUUUGAGCAUUGUUGACAUUGAUGUUCCUAUAAGCCUUCUCUUAUCCAUGGCGGUUACUAUGAAUGCAUAUGCCAACCUAGGAGUGCUAGCUGUUAUCACUUGGCAAGUCUUGUUUGUCUCCAUACCCGUGAUCUACAUGUUAGUCCAAUUGCAGAAAUACUAUUUUGCGACAGCAAAAGAGUUGAUGAGAAUCAAUGGUACAACAAAGUCUUUUGUUGCAAACCAUUUAGCUGAAUCUAUAGCUGGAGCCAUAACAAUCAGAGCUUUCAAGGAGGAAGAACGGUUCUUCUCUAAGAGUCUCGAUAUUAUUGAUACAAAUGCAAGCCCAUUCUUCCACAAUUUUGCAGCUAAUGAAUGGCUGAUUCAGAGACUUGAGACCCUCUGUGCCAUUGUUCUCGCAGCAGCAGCCUUGUGCAUGGUUUUGCUUCCUACUGGAACUUUUAGUUCUGGGGUAAUUGGAAUGGCGCUAUCUUAUGGUCUUUCGCUAAAUAUGACCAUGGUUUUUGCGAUCCAAAAUCAGUGCACAUUAGCCAACUAUAUCAUUUGUGUGGAAAGGCUUGAACAAUACACCCACAUACCUAGUGAAGCUCCAGAAGUCAUUGAAGGCAGCCGCCCCCCAGAAAACUGGCCUUUGGUUGGUAAAGUGGAGAUAAGCAAUUUACAGAUAAGAUAUAGACCAGAUGCACCACUGGUUCUUAAAGGAAUCAGUUGCACAUUUGAAGGGGGAGACAAAAUCGGUAUUGUUGGUAGGACUGGCAGUGGGAAGACAACCUUAAUUGGGGCAUUGUUUCGGUUGGUGGAACCAGCUGCAGGGAAGAUGGUAGUUGACGGCAUUGAUAUAUGUUCAGUAGGACUUCACGAUCUAAGGUCACGUUUUGGAAUUAUCCCUCAAGACCCUACUCUCUUCAAUGGCUCUGUAAGAUUCAAUUUGGAUCCAUUGUGCCAGCAUAAAGAUGAACAAAUUUGGGAGGUGCUCGAGAAAUCCCAGCUCAAAGAGGCAGUACAAGAGAAAGAUCAGGGCCUAGACUCCUUAGUUGUGGAGGAUGGAGCAAACUGGAGCAUGGGACAGCGACAACUAUUUUGCCUAGGGCGUGCUUUACUGAGAAGAAGCAGGGUAUUGGUGCUUGAUGAAGCAACAGCAUCAAUAGACAAUACAACUGACAUGAUUCUGCAGAAAACAAUAAGAACAGAGUUUGCAGAUUGCACUGUGAUAACAGUAGCACACAGGAUACCAACCGUAAUGGAUUGCACAAAGGUUCUUUCCAUUAGCGAUGGAAAAUUGGUGGAAUAUGAUGACCCUAUGACGCUAAUGAAGAAGGAAGGUUCACUAUUUGGACAGCUUGUGAAGGAAUAUUGGUCUCAUUUCCAAUCUGCAGAUCAGUCACAUUAAGCUAAAGGCAGCAGCAGCAGCACAAUACUACAUUUACUACUUCCAUUCUGAAACACACUUCCACAUUUAUUUUGGCCAAAAAAUAAAUUUAGUCAAACUUAAAUAUUUAAAUCUUGUACAUAUUUCAGUUAGGUAGAUGCCAAGAUUGGAAUUCUCAGAGAUCAAGCUCCUGUUUUGGCUAAAAUUUUCCCCUGCUUCAUGCUUAUGUUAAGGAUUUCCAUUUUAGAUAUGUUUAUACCUAGUGCAGACUAUUCACGAUUUUAGCAUUUAUCAAGUUUGAUAUCAUAUUUGUUUUUUUGGUGCAAUGA